AUAUCUAUAACAUUCUUCACUUACUUCUCCUUCUCCAUUCAAACUCCAAAUGACGAAUCCACCAAACAGGGUUUGGAUCCAAAUCCAAAUCUCCUUCAUCUUACUCCUUACACAUGUCUCUCUAUCUUCUUCCUCCGACCAAUCUUCUAUCAAAACCGAUGCAGUGUCUCUCCUCUCCUUCAAAGCAAUGAUACAAGACGAUCCAAACAACAUUCUCUCAACUUGGACCCCUAGAAAGUCCCCUUGUCAAUUCUCUGGCGUCACUUGUCUCGCCGGAAGAGUCUCCGAGAUUAACCUCUCCGGUAGUGGUCUCUCCGGGACCGUUUCUUUCAACGCUUUCACCUCUCUUGAUGCUCUCUCUGUUCUUAAACUCUCUGAGAACUUCUUCGUUCUAAACUCAACCUCUCUUCUUCUCCUUCCCUUGAGCUUAACCAACCUCGAACUCUCCUCCUCCGGUUUAAUCGGAAUCCUCCCUGAAAACUUCUUCUCCAAAUACCCAAACCUUAUCUCCAUCACUCUCUCUUACAACAACUUCACCGGGAAGUUACCAGAAGAUCUUUUCUUAGGAAGCAAGAAACUCCAAACCCUUGAUCUUUCUUACAACAACAUAACCGGUUCAAUCUCCGGUUUAACAAUCCCUCUCUCCUCUUGCGCCUCCUUGUCGUCUCUCGACUUAUCCGGUAACAGUAUCUCCGGCUACGUCCCUGUCUCGCUUACCAACUGCACCAACCUCAAAAGCUUGAACCUUUCUCACAACAACUUCGACGGGCAGAUUCCAAAGUCCCUCGGCGAGCUAAAAAGCUUACAAAGUUUGGAUCUUUCCCAUAACCGACUCACCGGUUGGAUCCCGCCGGAGAUCGGAGACGCUUGCGGGUCGUUACAAAACCUCAGGAUUUCUUACAACAACGUCACCGGUGUGAUCCCUGAUUCCUUGUCUGCAUGUUCUUGGCUACAGACUCUUGACCUCUCCAGCAACAACAUCUCCGGUCCAUUCCCGGACAAGAUCCUCCGGAGCUUCGGAUCUCUUCAAAUCUUGCUUCUCAGCAACAACUUCAUAUCCGGCGAGUUUCCGGCAACACUCUCUUCUUGUAAGAGCCUCAGAAUCGUUGACUUCAGUUCGAACCGAUUCUCCGGCGUGAUUCCGCCGGACUUAUGUCCCGGAGCAGGUUCGUUAGAGGAGCUAAGAAUCCCGGAUAACCUCGUCACCGGAGAGAUUCCUCCGGCGAUAUCUCAGUGCUCGGAGCUUCGGACGAUUGAUCUCAGUCUCAACUAUCUCAACGGAACAAUCCCGCCGGAGAUCGGAGACCUCCAGAAGCUCGAGCAGUUCAUCGCAUGGUACAACAACCUCGCCGGAAAAAUCCCGCCGGAGAUCGGAAAAUUACAGAACCUCAAAGAUCUCAUCCUCAACAACAAUCAACUCACCGGAGAGAUCCCACCGGAGUUUUUCAACUGCAGCAACGUCGAAUGGGUCUCUUUUACAAGCAACCGGUUAACCGGAGAAGUCCCUAGAGACUUCGGGGUCCUUUCCCGGUUAGCUGUUCUUCAGCUCGGAAACAACAACUUCACCGGAAAAAUCCCUUCAGAGCUAGGGAAGUGCACAACACUUGUCUGGCUUGAUCUCAACACAAACCACUUAACCGGAGAGAUCCCUCCCCGGUUAGGUCGUCAACCCGGUUCAAAAGCUCUUUCCGGUUUACUCUCAGGCAACACAAUGGCCUUUGUUAGAAACGUUGGGAACUCAUGUAAAGGUGUUGGAGGUUUGGUAGAGUUCUCAGGGAUUAGACCAGAGAGGCUUCUUCAGAUUCCGUCUCUUAAGAGCUGUGACUUCACGAGAAUGUAUUCAGGUCCGAUCUUGAGUCUCUUCACAAGAUACCAAACCAUUGAGUAUCUUGAUCUCUCUUAUAACCAGCUCCGAGGGAAGAUCCCUGAUGAGAUCGGAGAGAUGAUCGCUCUUCAAGUCCUUGAGCUUUCUCAUAACCAACUCUCCGGCGAGAUUCCUUUCACGAUUGGUCAGCUCAAGAACCUCGGCGUGUUCGAUGCCUCGGAUAAUCGCUUGCAGGGUCAAAUCCCUGAAUCUUUCUCGAAUUUGUCUUUCUUGGUGCAGAUUGACUUGUCUAACAACGAGUUAACCGGUCCGAUCCCACAGAGAGGGCAGCUUAGCACGCUUCCGGCGAGCCAGUACGCGGAUAAUCCGGGACUAUGCGGUGUUCCUUUACCGGAAUGUAAAAACGGGAACAAUCAGCUCCCCGCGGGACCGGAGGAAGAGAAACGUGCGAAGCACGGAACAACGGCGGCUUCUUGGGCGAACAGCAUUGUUCUUGGAGUGUUGAUUUCCGCUGCGUCGGUUUGUAUUCUGAUAGUUUGGGCUAUCGCGGUUCGUGCGAGGAAGCGAGACGCGGAAGAUGCGAAGAUGCUUCACAGUUUGCAAGCCGUAAACUCGGCCACAACUUGGAAGAUUGAGAAGGAGAAAGAGCCGUUGAGUAUUAACGUCGCUACGUUUCAAAGACAGCUGAGGAAGCUUAAGUUUUCGCAGCUUAUCGAGGCGACUAACGGCUUCUCGGCCGCGAGCAUGAUCGGACACGGCGGGUUUGGUGAGGUUUUCAAGGCCACGCUUAAAGAUGGAACUUCCGUGGCAAUCAAGAAACUGAUUAGGUUAAGUUGUCAAGGAGAUAGAGAGUUUAUGGCGGAGAUGGAAACCCUGGGGAAGAUCAAACACCGAAACCUCGUACCGCUCUUGGGAUACUGUAAGAUCGGUGAAGAGAGACUGCUCGUGUACGAGUUUAUGCAAUACGGUAGCCUCGAGGAGGUGCUUCACGGGCCAAGAACGGGCGAAAAGAGAAGGAUCUUGAGUUGGGAAGAGCGUAAAAAGAUUGCGAAAGGAGCAGCCAAGGGACUAUGCUUUUUGCAUCAUAAUUGUAUACCUCAUAUAAUCCACCGUGAUAUGAAAUCAAGCAACGUGCUUCUCGACCACGAGAUGGAAGCUAGGGUUUCAGAUUUUGGAAUGGCGAGGCUGAUCAGCGCCUUAGACACGCAUUUGAGUGUGAGUACCUUGGCAGGCACGCCAGGUUACGUGCCACCGGAGUAUUACCAGAGUUUUAGAUGCACUUCUAAAGGUGAUGUGUACUCAAUAGGAGUAGUGAUGCUUGAGAUAUUGAGCGGGAAAAGACCGACCGAUAAAGAUGAGUUUGGUGAUACGAAUUUGGUCGGUUGGUCGAAGAUGAAGGCGAGAGAAGGGAAGCAUAUGGAUGUGAUUGAUGAAGACCUUCUGAGUGCUAAAGAAGGUUCGGAGACUCGAGAAGGUUAUGGAGGAGUGAUUGUGAAAGAAAUGUUGAGGUAUUUGGAGAUAGCUUUACGGUGCGUUGAUGAUUUUCCGUCAAAGCGGCCUAAUAUGUUACAAGUGGUUGCUCUGUUGAGGGAGCUUCGUGGGAGUGAAGAUAACAGUCACAGUAACAGCUCGUAAAGACAUGAACAUGAUGAUCAGUUUUUUUUCUUCUUCUUGGUCUUUCAUAAAUUUGUUCUGUUUUAUUUUAUUUUGUGAGAAUGUAUGUGUGGAUCAAUGAUUAACAAAAAAAUUAUAUAUUA